GCUACCUGCCGCCUCUCCACUCUAACCACUAGGCUACCUGCCGCCUCUACACUCUAACCACUAGGCUACCUGCCGCCUCUACACUCUAACCACUAGGCUACCUGCCUCCCCUCCACUCUAACCACUAGGCUACCUGCCUCCUCUACACUCUCACCACUAGGCUACCUGCCACCCCUCCACUCUAACCACUAGGAUACCUGUAUAUACCUUAACCUGUUGUAUAUGUCACAGAGGAAAGAUGUAUUCUAUAUAUAUAUAUAACGGACAACACCUCACUGACGUCUAUAGAUCAGUUGUAGCACCCGUAUACCAGGGGGGCUCCACUGAGACGUGGACGCGAGAUGUUGUACACCACGCCGUCAUGUAGCUCCAUCACAUCCACCUGCUGGGGGUUUGCUGACUGACUUAACAGAGAUAAUCUAUACAUUGUGUACGAGGUAAAUAAGGGUGUGGAUGAGUUAAAAGGCGAGGCUCUGACGAUGAUGAUGAUGAUGAUGAGGGGACUGUGCCUAGGGAAAGCAGAUGAGGGGACUGUGCCUAGGAAAGCAGAUGAGGGGACUGUGCCUAGGAAAGCAGAUGAGGGGACUGUGCCUAGGAAAGCAGAUGAGGGGACUGUGCCUAGGAAAGCAGAUGAGGGGACUGUGCCUAGGAAAGCAGAUGAGGGGACUGUGCCUAGGAAAGCAGAUGAGGGCUGCGUUUUGUUUUACACAGGCACCCGAUUUCUGAGGCUAAAACCCAUAGGAAUCCCCACCCAGUUGACUACUUUAAAAUGGUGGAAGCCCUUCAAUGGACGCUACCCAUUCUAAAACUGCUUUUUUUUGGGAUGGGGGUCACUAAAAGGCCUUGGAUCAUUCUCUAUGGGUCUGACUAGAGUACACAAGGUAACAUAGCUAGCACACACACAAAGUGAUAAUUAUGUCUAAAAUCAAAUCAAAUUAAAUGUAUUUAUAAAAUCCCUUCUUACAUCAGCUGAUGUCUCAAAGUGCUGUUACAGAAACCCGGCCUAAAACCCCCCAAACAGCAAGCAAUGCAGGUGUAGAAGCCCUCAGCCAAUUUCUCUUAAUAAAAUCAGAUUUUUCUUUAAACCUUUAACCAGUUUAAUGAAAUCAUUAUAUGGCCCCACCUUCUACUGAAUAAAGUUUUCACUUUCUUUUGUUUCUGUUUAACAUUUUUUUCGUGUGUUUUUUUUUUUAACGACUAUUGCUGAGGUUGUUUUUUUAAGUUUAAAGAGUGAUUUUAAAAUAAAAUAAAAUGUUUUCUGCUUUACUACUUUUGUUAAUAUCCUCAUUAUUAUUUACAUGUUUAGGUGAUAUAAUUCUGUCAAGUUAAAUCCAACAUUUUUUGUUAUUAAUUAAAAAAAAUAACACUUCAUGUUGCAUUUAUUUAAAGUUAUAAUUGUAGUCCAUUCGGGUUAUGAUUGAACUACAAAUCCAGGCUUGCAACAGUAAAAUAGCUGCUUUUUUUUUCUUCCUCCACAAAUCAAUCCCGUUAUUUUAUACCCAAAAUGAUCUGUCUCCGCCGAGGACUGAAUUCCCAUAACUCUACCGGACACCGGAAGCGGUUCUUCAUGCUCUUUCACAAGUCUCCUCGAGGUGUCUCGGGACGGAUUCAUCCCCCCCCCGGGCGUGAACGGUUCCUCCUCGCUCCACUACCGGCAGUUGUCACAUGGCUUAAUUAACAUGGCUGGAGUUGUACCCCGCCGUCUGAAGACGUGAUACACACACACACACACUACGCUGCGAGUCCCCCCUCCGGUAAAAUACAUCUCUAUACGGGAGGCGGAAAGAGGAACCAGGGUCGACACGGACCAUGUGAUUCGGUGUUAACUUCCAGGACCCGUUUCUCAGGCUACUUUGUGUUGACAACAUGUUUUUGUUGUUUGUCUCUGUUACAGGACAGCUGUUGUUGACGUUAAGACUGUAUACUACGUCGGUAAGUUAACACACCUCGCUCUGACGUUGAACUUUCCGUUUAGUAUAAUGUUAUUUAUCCACCGAGUUCACCGACCGACCGAAAUACAGAAAUGAGAAGUGAAAGUUAAACAUGUUUCCGUUUUUUUUUUUUUUUAAGUUGAACUUGUGUUAAGUUUCAACAACACAACAAGCAAGACCUUUUUUUAUUUUAAUUUUUAAUACCAGUUACCCGGUCAGUGAGUGACGCUUAACUCUCCGGUACCAAAACCGGACUCAAGGACGGAAAUACCAGUGUUUUUUUUUUUUUCCCCACCGGGGAAAGUUAUUAACAGGGACACAGGAAGAAAGGACUGAACAGUAACAGACAUAAACACAGGAGUCUCUCUGGGGUCAACACAGAGACCUGGGAUUAGGGACAUUAUGAUUGGCUCUCCUGAUGUCUUGGCCUUCACCAAUGAAGGGGAUUUGGGAGGUUACCCAGAAGCCCAGGAUCUACCAGAAGAGUUCUCCCUUCCUCUCUUUCCUCCGUCUCACCCCUGGACCUCACCUGCCCGUUUCAACAGAGACUUUAUACUGGUGGCUGAGUUCUCAGAACAGGUGGGUCCCCUACCUGUCCGGACCAUCCCCGAUGACCCCAGAGUGAUCGGUUCCUUCGACCUGAACCAUUUCUCUCUCCGCGUCAUGUCCGUCGACUACCAAGCCGUCGCCCCCGGCCCUCAGCCACACCGCCAGGCACCUAGUCCUUCCCUCAGGACCCUCCCUCGCCUGGCCUUCUCAGAGGACUCCAGGGUGGUGCUGGGUGACUCUAAGGAAGGUGCGUUUGCCUACGUUCACCACCUGACGCUGUAUGACCUGGAGGCCCGAGGCUUCGUCCGCCCGUUCUGCAUGGCCUACGUCUCCUCUGACGAGAGGAAGAUCAUGCUGCAGUUCCAGGAGCUGUCGCACCGCUUCUCCCGCGCCUCCGAGUGCCUGAAGACCGGAAACCGACGGGCCUUCGCCCGCGAGCUGCACAGGAAGCUACAAGACCUGGAGUACACGCGAUCCGUCCUUCACGCAGCGCUACAAAGGAUAUCCAAUGAGAGUGCGGAGAUCGGGGAGGAGGCGGGACUGCAGAAGACAGCCAACGAGCUUGCCAGCGUGGAUCGAUCCAUCCUGGACCACAGAUCCCUCCUCCACCAGGUCACAUCCUAUCCCAACAGGAAGUUAAAAGACCCUGGCUUUCUUCCCUACGACCCGUCCCUGAUCCCAGAGACCCUCCCCUUGACUCCGGAUCCCCCCUCCCCCUCGUACACCCCCCAGCUGGUUUCCGGGGCGUCGCUAGGUGGUGGGGGCUGGUCAGCGAGGCGGUUUGACCGUCGUCUGAAGCCGUUGGAGGAGCUGAGCGACUGCUACUUCCUGUCUCUGACGCUGGAACAGCUGGGCAACGCAGAAAGCCGUCUUCGCGGAGACCAGAGUGUUCUACACAACCGCAGCGUCACACGCAGGCUCUCCAGGACGCUUUCACACACACACUUCCUGUUCCAGCUCUGGGACCAGGAAGAAGAGGAGGAGGAGGAGGACCUGGAGGAGGAAGGGGCGGGGCUAGAGGGAGGAAGUGGCGUGAUGUCGCAUCCUGUGGAGUGGGCGGGUGCGGGACCACAGAGCAUAGAGUCGUUCUUCUCUUGCGUGGAGGAGGUGUCAAUCAAGCUGGAGACAGGAAGUGGAGGGGCGGGGCCGACACGCGAUCCUGCGGGGGGAGAAGAAGUAACCACGGAGACGAGACCAGGCAGCGUGAGCAGCGGAGACAGCAUUGAGGUUCUGGGGACGGAGCGCUCGUAUAGAACACAGGGACUAACCCACGUGGAACUCAGAGAGUUGUCGGUUCAGGGUGAAGGCUGUGAUGAGGUGCGGAGUCGUACCCCUGUGGAGGCGGGGACGAGGCGUGACGUGCGGUCCCUGGCGCGGAGGGCGAACAGCGAGGACAGCAUUGAGGUCAUCAGCACCUCGGACUCCGUCUUCCCCGACGACCUCCUCAUCUUCACCGCCAUCACAGAGGAGGAGCCUGAGGAGCAUGGAAUCAUGGGUAGUGUAAUCCAGGAAGAGGAGGAGGAGGAGGCGGCAGGUGAGGACACGCCCAUUCAGCAGCACGGCACCCUGGGUAUUAUAGUUCACGAGGAGGAGGAGGAGGAGCACACUCGGCACCAGAGAAUCAUGGGUAAUGUAGUCCAGACGGAGGGAGAGGAGGAGCUAGAGGACACUCCCACUCGGCCGCACAGCACCCUGGGUAUUGAAGUCCAGGAAUUGGAGGAGGAGGAGGAGGAGAAGCAAGAGAGACGGGACACUCCGGCCCCUACGUCUGAGCCGCAGGGAACUCUGGUCCACCAGGUGCCAGUAGAGGGCUGCUCCCAGCAGUACGAAGGUCACCAUGCCAACGGCGAGGUCAUAGGUCAGGCUGGGCGUGACAGCAGGCGGGCGGCGGCGGUGCCUGACCUCCAGGUGAACUUCUCUAUCCCCCUGAGGUUAGAAGUUAAAGGUCAAGGGUCGGGAGGGGGGCGGCGGUUGCUAGGCGACGUAGACGAGGGGUCAGACUGUAUGAGCUACGUCGGCAGCGCCUCUACACCUGCCUCUCUGGCCCCCGCACGUCUCCGCGGCAACAGUAACCCGCGACGACGACAGCGCCAGAGGAGGAAGGCGGGUCUCGGAGCCCUAAGGUUCCUGCGUCAGAAUUCUUUCUCCCAGAAUGCCGUGUUCUGCCUGCUGAGCGGCCGGCCGCUGGUGGUGAUUGGCGGAGAGGAGGGUUCCGUGAGGAGGACUGUCGCCGCCCUCUCGCUCUACCUGCCUUCACCCGGUCGCUACGGAGAUGCCGUGCAACCCAACCUGGCCACGCCUCUUCAGCUGACGGACCUGCUCACCUGGAGACUCAUCGGAAUCCACAGGACGUCUCCUACAGCUCCCAGCAUGCUUCACUCUCUGGUUCGUUACGGACGAUACCUGGCCGUGCUGGACCUGGACCAGCGUACACUGAGAAGCCCCGCUUACCGCGGACACCUCAUUGGCUGGCUCGCCAACCCCCACACUCUGAUAGGUCGUGGCAGCACCUACCUUCUCCACGUGGAGAGCUGCCUCACUGAGUUGACCGCUAAGGUUUUCCUUUUCUCCUGUUCUCCUGACCUUUCAACUCUAACCUCGGGUAGAGCUCAGAGUUUACCUGGGGGUCAGGCACCACCCGUCUGUCACGGCCACUCUGACCUCAAGCUUCCCAGCGUCCCCAGGGAGGACGAUGACUUCACGCUGACUCGGCGUCGCAUUGACUUUCUGCGUGAGCGGGGUUUCAGCGGGGAGGACGACCUCCGGGUAUUGCACUUCCUGUCUGACCUCGUCAAACAGCACCAUGCAGGAAGUGGUCCUCCGGCCCUCCACUUCUCCUACAGUGCCGUCCCUUUACAUAGAAAUACCACAACAUAGAUAUACAGCCCUGACCCUUUACAUAGAAAUACCACAAAUUAGAUUUACAGCCCUGCCCCUUUACAUAGAAAUACCACAACAUAGAUAUACAGCACUGUCCCUUUACAUAGAAAUACCACAACAUAGAUACAGCCCUGCCCCUUUACAUAGAAAUACCACAACAUAGAUAUACAGCCCUGUCCCUUUACAUAGAAAUACCACAACAUAGAUAUACAGCCCUGUUCCUUUACAUAGAAAUAUCACAACAUAGAUAUACAGCCCUGUCCCUUUACAUCGAAAUACCACAACAUAGAUAUACCACAACAUAGAUAUACAGCCCUGUCCCUUUACAUAGAUAUACCAAAACAUAGAUUUACAGCCCUGCCCCUUUACAUAGAUAUACCACAACAUAGAUAUACCACAACAUAGAUAUCCAGCCACGUCCCUUUACACAGGAAUACGACAACAUAGAUUUACAGCCCUGCCCCUUUACAUAGAAAUACCACAACAUAGAUAUACAGCCCUGUCCCUUUGCAUAGAAAUACCACAACAUAGAUAUACAGCCCUGUCCCUUUACAUAGAAUUACCACAACAUAGAUAUACAGCCCUGUCCCUUUACAUAGAAACACCACAACAUAGAUAUCCAGCAACGUCCCUUUACACAGGAAUACGACAACAUAGAUUUACAGCCCUGCCCCUUUACAUAGAAAUACCACAACAUAGAUAUACAGCCCUGUCCCUUUACAUAGAAACACCACAACAUAGAUAUACAGCCCUGUCCCUUUGCAUAGAAAUACCACAACAUAGAUAUACAGCCCUGUCCCUUUACAUAGAAUUACCACAACAUAGAUAUACAGCCCUGUCCCUUUACAUAGAAUUACCACAACAUAGAUAUACAGCCCUGUCCCUUUACAUAGAAUUACCACAACAUAGAUAUACAGCCCUCCCCCUUUACAAAACGAAAGCAUUUCUUCCAUACUGCAUCCUGUCUACACUGUGAAAGGAGAGAUCCAGAGUGGAUCUCUCAAAUGCCGCCCUAUUCCCUAUGUAGUCCACUACUUACAGGUAGUAGACUAUGUAGACACCCUAUUCCCUAUGUAGUGCACUACUUCCUAUGUAGGGAAUAGGGAGCCGUUUGGGAAGCGGGCCCCUGUGUAUGUGAAUGGUUCUGUUGCUGAAUGUAGUCAUUGUGGCACAGGUCUACCUCCUCAACGCCACCAAAACAUACUGUAAUGUUGGUGUCGUUGUCUAACAGGUCUGAUCGAAUCGAGUCCUUCGUUUACCCUUCAUCGCCUUCACAAACUGUUAUGAAAUGUUCAUUGGUGUGUGUGUUAAUGCGGUGUACUUUUGUGUGCCGUGUAAAAAAAAUUAAAAAAUAUUUGAUAUGUUUAAA